AAUUGUACGAGUGUGUCUUCUGUGUGGCCUUCCCUUAAAACCUACAUCUCAUCAACUUAACGAAUCUGACCCGGUCCGAACCCGGAACAACUCGGUAGGAGGAGAGAGAAGAGACAACGAAGAGGAGGAACACAGCUUCCACCGCAACCACCUUGACCACUGCCGUUGUCGCCGUCAACCAAUCCUAAGUUGGGGUUCUUUGUAUUCUUAUUCUCCGGAAAUGUGAAUCCAUAAAUCUUAGUUCUCGAUCGUUCAACCUUAGUUAGAAGGUUUGAGUCUCAUCCGGUGAGUGUAUUUUACAUUUUCCCCAAUUUAAUGCAGUAUGAUUUGCCUAUAGGACUCCAUACUUGCAGUACCCUUCAAUUUUCAGGAAAUUUUCAAGUUUUUGUUGAUAUAUACCUAUAACGGAUUCUGAAUUUAAACCAUAUUCGUUUUAGACACGUUCUUGAUGAUUUUAAACCUAUCGAUUUUAUGAUUCAUGAACAAUUUCAAGCUUUUUCAAAAUCCUAUUUUUGUCUUUACAACUUAAAAACUUUUCACUUCAGAAUCUAUCUUGAUUUUUUCCAAACUCCCAAUUCCCAAAUCAAUAAUUGCUCGGGUGCUCAGUAAUUACUAUGAAGUGUUCUCACCUCAAUCUUCAACCUUAGAUUUUGUCUUUCAUACCCUUUUUCUUCCCUCUUCCUCAUACACUGUUCAACUCCAGUAUUGGAAUUGACUUUUGUAGGGUUUUAAGAUUGAAGGCUGAACAGUUAACUACUUUUUUACGCAUGAAAAUGCAAGAAUAUUACAGACAUUAAGCGCAUAGCCCCCUAAGAAAAUGCAGCGAUGCUCUUCAAAGUCGGUGGCACUCGGUAACUUCUUACUUGGCGCAAAACCAAGCACCCCUUUUGCUUUUAUCCUCCAACAAUCAUAUGCUUCUGCCCCCUUAUCCCAAGAAUCACCCAAAUCCCAUUUAUCUUCCAUCCGUUCUCUAAUGGGUUCACCCCAAAAGUCCUCAAAAUCCAACCCUACCAGGAAUGAAGUUCGGAGCAUGUCAAGUGACAGAAGAAGAAGAGGGACUGACUUCGUUCGUCUUGGAAAUAAUUCAGAAGGCUGCAGCAGUGACCAAAUUCAUGAUGAAUUUGCAGCUGAUGUGGAAAAGGUUUAUAGAAUUCUAAGGAAAUUCCAUUCUAGGGUCCCAAAACUUGAACUUGCUUUGCAAGAAUCCGGCAUUGUUGUGCGAUCUGGUUUAGCCGAGCGUGUUUUGAAUCGUUGCGGCGAUGCUGGUAACUUAGGGUAUAGAUUCUUUGUGUGGACUUCAAAGCAGCCGGGUUAUAGACAUAGUUAUGAUGUAUACAAGGCAAUGAUUAAGAUUUUGGGUAAGAUGAGGCAAUUUGGCACUGUUUGGGCCCUAAUUGAGGAGAUGAGGAAAGAGAAUCCUCUGCUCAUUUCACCUGAUUUAUUUAUUGUUUUAAUGAGAAGAUUUGCAUCCUCUAGAAUGGUUAAGAAGGCAAUUGAAGUACUGGAUGAGAUGCCUAAAUAUGGUUGCGAACCAGAUGAAUAUGUGUUUGGGUGUCUGUUGGAUGCGUUGUGCAAGAAUGGUAGUGUAAAAGAAGCUGCUUCACUGUUCGAGGAUAUGAGAGUUCGGUUUACUCCAACUAUUAAGCAUUUUACUUCAUUAUUGUAUGGUUGGUGUAGAGAAGGGAAGCUUAUGGAGGCAAAAUUUGUUUUGGUACAGAUGAGGGAAGCAGGAUUUGAGCCAGACAUUGUGGUAUAUAACAAUUUACUUAAUGGGUAUGCGGUGGCAGGGAAAAUGGCAGAUGCUUUUGAUCUCUUGCAAGAGAUGAGGAGGAAAGGUUGUGAUCCAAAUGUCACAACAUACACAAUUUUGAUUCAGGCCCUUUGUUCUCAUGAAAAAAUGGAGGAGGCCAUGCGGGUUUUUGUGGAGAUGCAUAAUUGUGGUUGCAAGGCGGAUCAGGUGACCUAUACUGCAUUGAUAAGCGGAUUUUGUAAAUGGGGAAAAAUUGAUAAGGCUUACGAGCUUUUGGAUAGUAUGAUACAGCAGGGCCAUUUUCCAAAUCAGACAACCUAUUUGCAUAUCAUGCUGGCACAUGAGAAGAAGGAAGAACUUGAGGAGUGUAUAGAACUUGUGGAUGAGAUGCAGAAGAUUGGUUGUGUUCCUGAUCUCAGUAUCUUCAAUACAGUAAUCCGACUGACGUGCAAGUUGGGAGAGGUUAAAGAAGGUGUUCAACAGUGGAAUAAGAUGGAACAGGUUGGGCUUAGUCCAGGGAUUGACACCUUUGUCAUUAUGAUUAAUGGAGUUCUUGAGCAAGGGUGUCUGGUUGAAGCUUGUGAGUAUUUCAAAGAAAUGGUUGGAAGAGGUCUUUUUUCUGUUCCUCAUUAUGGUACCUUGAAGGAGCUAUUGAAUACUUUACUAAGAGCAGAUAAACUUGAAAGGAGUAAAGAUGUUUGGAGUUGCAUGGUGACUAGCGGAUGCGAGCUUAAUGUGUGUGCAUGGACAAUCUGGAUUCAUGCACUGUUCUCAAAAGGGCAUGUGAAGGAGGCUUGUUUUUACUGUUUGGACAUGAUGGAUGCUGGACUGAUGCCGCAGCCAGAUACUUUUGCUAAGCUCAUGAGGGGUCUAAGGAAACUGUUCAACAGACAGCUUGCAGCAGAGAUCACAGAGAAGGUGAGGAAGAUGGCUGCAGACAGACAAAUAACCUUUAAGAUGUAUAAAAGGCGAGGUGAGAGGGACUUGAAAGAGAAGUUUAAGGCAAAAAAGGUUGGGAGGAAGAGAAGGUCUCGUAGACGCAGGUGGGGAAGGAGUUGUGGUAGGGCUAACAUAGUGUAAUUUUUAAAUGGAAGGAUGUGAUAUUUAAACCCAGUUUAUGAGAUAAUAACAGAUUCACAUGUAAUAACACUAAAGUUCGUAGUUUGGUUGGAGUAACUGGAAUUUGCAUAAAUGUAUUUGUUGAAUCAUUCUUGAUUGGAGUUAUAAUACAUGUUAUUCUUUGCUUCAAGUAAUUGAAAGUUGUAUCAAGCUUUAUAUUAUGAUUUUA